AUGGCACCAUCAGGAAGAAAAUCUGCAGGAAAAACUGCUAAACUAGCACAGGAGAAUCCAAUUGUACAUGCCUACAGUUUUGAAGAAGAUUCAAAAAAACAUCUGAGUGGAUCUGAAGAGGAUAUUCAAGAAGAUGAAACUCCAGUGAUUGAAAAACAUGGCAAAAAAAGACCUUCAAUGACUCCUCGUGCUGCAGUUGAAGAAGAUGUUGGGGGUGAAGUACAGAACAUGCUGGAACGAGUUGGAGCGGACAUUAACAAAGCUCUUCUGGCUAAAAGAAAAAGAUUAGAAAUAUACACAAAGGCUUCUCUCAAAACAAGCAACCAGAAAAUAGAACUUAUUCGGAAAACACAAGAGCAUAGACAGAAAAUCAACCAUGAGUAUUCCCAGCAGUUCCUGCAUGUGUUUCAACAAUGGGAUGCUGAUAUACAGAAAGCAGAGGAACAGGAAGAAAAGCUUGUGAAUAUGUUUCGACAGCAGCAAAAGGUUUUCCAACAAGCAAGAAUAGUUCAGAGUCAAAGACUGAAAACAAUUAAGCAGCUGCAUGAGCAGUUUUUAAAGAGUAUGGAAGACAUGGAGAAGAACCAUGAAAGUCUUUUAGCAGAUGCACAAAGUGAACUUCGUAAAGAAAUGGCUAUGUUGCAAAAAAAAAUCAUGAUGGAUACUCAACAGCAAGAGAUGGCAACUGUUCGCAAAUCUCUUCAGUCCAUGUUAUUCUGA